AAUUCAACGCACACAUAUGAAUGACCUUAUUCAACUGCCUGCGGUUUUUAGAGAAAGGGACACUCAAAGGCUGCGGAAGUUAUAUGACAGCUGCGAAGCCCACAACCGCGCGUUGAAAUCCUUAGGCGUGGGAGAAGAAUCGUAUUCCACUAUUGUUGUACCGGCCAUAUUGGAGAAGAUGCCUGAACAAUUUCGGCUUAUGAUCACCCGAGGAACUGAUUUCAUUGAGUGGACGAUGCAAGAAAUGUUGGACGCGUUUGAGAAGGAGUUAGAACUGCGAGAGGCGCACGAAGCGGUGGCGACUAAAACGGAACGGGAGUAUGAAAGAAAUCAAAGCAGGAAACCAACUGGGGGUCUAGAUAACUCGACAGCUGCGGCGUUGCUGGCUGGUCAAGAGAAAAAGAGUUGUGCAUUCUGUUUAAAGAACCACGCGCACGAAGAAUGUGAUGGAGUCAAGGAUCCAAAAACACGUAAGACCCUAGCUUUAAAGUAUGGUAGAUGUUUUCAAUGUUUAAUUAAGGGCCAUAGAGCCAGUAAUUGUAGUUCUAAAAUUAAGUGUCGAAAAUGCGACCGAAUGCAUCAUGUCGCCCUAUGUGAUGCGUCUCCGAAAGACGAAGAGACCUGUAAGAAUGAAGAAAUCCCAUCAACUAAGGUUAACAAUAAUGUAGCUAGCCCAUGUAAUAACUUGCUUGCCGGGACAGGUGGUCUGGUUGCCUUGCAAACUGCGCGCGGGGUAUUAAGGGGUGAGAGGGUGGCUAAGGUCCGGGUACUCUUUGAUGGGGGAAGUCAUCGCUCUUUCGUUACAUCGCAUGCAGCGAGUCUUGUUAAUCCAAGGGGUUUAAGAAGGGAAUUUCUAGGCAUUAAUACGUUCGGUCAAAAGUGCACGAAGGCUGAACAAAGGGAAGUGGUCGAGCUUAAACUUCAGCCUGUUAAUGGGGAUAAGAUUAUCUCAAUAGAAGCAUAUGUGGUACCAGAAAUUUGCACUGUGCAGAAUAGUCACGUAGAAUUAGCUAGAAAGAAUUAUUCGCAUCUAGAGGGGGUAUGGUUCUCAGAUGUGGUGAAUUUUCAGGAAGAAUUAGAGGUAGACGUUUUGAUAGGGGCAGACUAUCUUUGGAAUUUCCAAACAGGUGAGACAAAGAAAGGUAAGACAGGGGAGCCCGUAGCUAUACAAACUGAGUUGGGAUGGGUGUUGUCAGGACCUCUAAGGGGAAGAGAGAUAGAAGGUGCUGGAGUGACUCAGGUGAACUUUAUGGGGCAGACAACGAAAUGGGACAGAGAUAGCUUAGAAAGUAAUGUGGAAAAACUUUGGAGUUUUGAAGGAUUGGGUAUAAUUGAAGAGGACACAGUUCAUGAAACAUUUCUUGAUGGAAUAUCAUUCACAGGUAAUCGAUACUCAGUAAAACUGCCCUGGAAGGAGGAUCAUGACAAUCUUCCAGACAAUUACAUGAAUAGUCUUGCUAGAAUGAAAGGCCAGUUGAAACGACUGGAAAAGGAGCCAGAAUUGUUGAAAGAGUACGAUAGGAUAAUAAGAGAUCAGGCAGAGCAGGGAAUCAUAGAGCAGGUACCAAGUCUUGAGAAAGCAGGCAAAGUUCAUUAUCUACCUCACCAAGCAGUAAUUCGUAAAGAUGCAGUGACAACUAAGGUACGCAUAGUGUAUGACGCGUCCUCGAGAGGAAUAAAAUCCAAAACAUCGCUUAACGACUGUUUGCAUGUUGGACCAUCGCUCAAUCCAUUGCUUUACAGUAUAUUGUUACGUUUCAGAGAAAAUAGAGUAGCAUUAGUAGCAGACAUCGAAAAGGCAUUUUUAAAUGUAGAGGUAGACAAGGAAGACCGAGACUCUCUGAGGUUUUUAUGGGUGAAUGAGAUUGCAAGCAGCGAUAGGGAGGUAAUGGUUUACAGAUUUUGCCGUGUAGUUUGUACGUAAGGUUCUUGAAAGCUUUUAUGUGGAUGACCUGGUCAGUGGAGAGAGAAGUGAAGGAAAGGCAUUUAAG